AUGUCCUUCAAGCAACCCCUCGCCACCCCAGUGAUAGCUCAUCUCAUAGAAGAGCCAGAGGAUCUGCAUAUAUACUCACCAGAACUGUCCGCUAUACUUGCGAGACUCCGAGAUGCGUCCACAUUCCAAACGUGGGCAUCGCAACAAGCAUCUCGUCAUGAACUGGCCUCUUGUAUGCUCAUAACAAUGAAAGUCGUCAAGCGACUUCAAUCGCUGUCCCAAUCUGAGGAACGGCUGCCUCAACUUGGUCGGGAUCCCCGCACGACAAUCAUUAGCCCAUUCGCUACAGAAAUCCUUCAAGAACUCAUACCUGAGUCUCAGACACACUUUCAGCCAUUAUAUGCGCGGGCGGCCUAUCCUUGUCAGAUGAAGAAUCCAGCGAUCAGUCGGGUGCUGCCCCACACCGGUCGCGCCACGUCGCUUUUGACCCUUCCUAUAUCGCCGAUUACAGCAGAACCGAGGACAAACUCUAGACAUGCUACAUCUGAUGCACGACGACGCGCAACCCCUGUCCAAGACCUCAGUACCGAAGGAACGCUCUCGGAAGAUGAGGAAUUUGCUGAUACCUCAUCAACAUUUUCCCCCGCCAUUUUCGUGGACGAACAGUGUCACACAGACGGCGAUUUGCAUCUGCUGAGCGGACGGCGUCCGCGCGAACCAAUUCGGCUCGCCCUCUUCUGCGUCGCGGACAAGGACGAGAUAUACAGCCUCAUGUGCAGCGCUUUGCUGCAGAGACACACUUUCGGAAUCAAUGAACCGCUCAUUGGCCUCACCUUCGCUCCGGAAGGGAAUUGCCUGCAUCUCGUUGUCGGCUGGCUCGAGACAACCUCGUCUCACCCAUGUGUCCAAGUCCAUGUUGCUCACGCUGAAGGCGCUACUGCACACCACGAACUGGGCAUAUUCGACUUGUCGGACCUCCCUUCAGCUUGGUCACUCGCGCUUUUCUUGAUCUCUCUUCGACCAUACGUGUCUCGCUGUGCCAAGGGCGUACGACACCAUAUCAACACUGCUCAGCGGUUGUGCUCGCGUGAGGAGCUGGUUAGAACGCUGCGUGCAAGUCGCCUCGGCCCUUCUUUCAUAUCCUCCUGCAUGCUGAAUGACAUCAAGCCAACCGCCCUCUUCGUCUUCAAAUCUUCCGCAAUGUUCAGCGUCAAGCCCUUCCGAGCCACGACCUCGCCGAGGAUUGCUAGGGACAUCGGUAGCACCAGCGCUGACCAGAUGAACGAAUUUUUCAUUGAUCGUGGCGUCGCUUUUGGAGCGUUUCCUGCCAUAUAUUACGCCAUUCCGAACCUGCCUCCUGUGCUCGCAGGAGUCGUUGAGACGUUGAUGCUCCCUCGAUUGUGCGAUGUCGAGCCUCUUCCCACUGAGUUCCUGAAGAAGCAGAGACUAUACGUGACGGGUUAUGAUUUCGAGCGAGGCAGUCUCAUUUGCGAUGCACGCAUUUCGAAUCGCCACCCCCUUCAUCGACUGGAGCACGCGCACCAAUGGCCCGUAUACCACGAAGAGAAGAGACUAGAACAAAUCAUUCGGUCGACCUACAACCUCGAUGAGCUGACGACAUUGGAUCCAAUAGAAUGCACUACGCUAGUCGCCGCGCUGCCAGAAGUUCUCCGUCUCUCAGACCUGGCAUCUCGAGACCACCUUCAGACCCUUGACCCCGACGAAGCAGGAUCUCGACACGUAUGGGACGCUAUCAUCGAUCGCCUGCUUGCCGAUGUGUUCGUUGCAACCUCGGACGCAAACCAGCGUUACUUCUUGCACAAUCGGAACAUCCUGUUCGAAGUUGAAAAACGCCGAGUGGAAGCCGCAAAGGCUGCCCAGCAAGGGGGAUUCCAUAAUAAUAACUAUGUCGACUUUGCGCUGCUGUCCUGGAACAACCCUCUACUCAAGGAAUACUCUUACGACGUUGUCCCUCCUCUGGGUGACUUGGAGCCUGAGGCGCCUGCAUCCACUUCCGAAGAAUCAUCUGCUGAUGAUGACGAUGUUGACAAAGACUGCGAGAAUGAUGGUGGAGACAGAGACGAGGACUUUGGAAGCUGCGAGGACAGUGCGAGCUUCGACGAGGAGAACGCGAGCUACAACGAGGACUACCCGAACGACGAGAGCGACGAGAGCACCGAUGGCCAUGAGGGUGAUCAGGGUGAUCAGGACGACGCAACUGAUGAGGACUCCGGUGAAGCCUGGCCUUGUCUUAGCGAUCACCUCUACGGUGACGUCGAUUUAUCCGCACCUCGACAACUUGCCUCCACGUUCGAAGGGCUUUCUUCUGCCAGAGACGAUGCUGCAGCAUCUGCAGCUGGUGGCGGCGUAUCUUCGUUCCUUACCACUUCCGCAGAGGCUGCCGCUCAGCCCGAUGAUCGUUCUGCCCAUGAAGAGAGCAAGGAUACGAAGCUCGUCCGUCAGUUCAAGGAACGGUCUAAGACCGCGCUCUUUGCGCACGUCAAUGCUCUAUCAGCGGCAGUGAAUGCGGAGCGAAAUUGGCGCCUAGACUGCGCUACGCGAUAUCAAAGGCAGUCUAGCACUAUGGAAGCACUCGAGGCUCGCGCACUAUGCGAGCCCCAGUACGGGAUUUGCGAUGGUGUAGUGUUUGCGGAGGUACCAGACGUGUUCACGGAUGAAGACCAUCGCCUUGCUACCAAGCUCAAGAGGUUCACUAUCGUCGGGGCCCCCGGACUACAGCGGGGUCGGCGAGACGUGGUUGGAAAUACCGAGCCAGCACCUAACCAGGCUCUUCCAUCAUCUGCGCCACAAAUUGUUCAUCUUGUGCGCGAGUUUGCACAAAGGUUACGGGCAAGGCCUGUUUCCGAAGCGAUGACGAGGAGUAACGCUGCAGUAAAGGAUUAUACCCGGGCGGAAGGUGCACCUACCGCAAAGAACCAUAGUCAACCUCACGAGGGCGUCGAUGAAUGCACGACGUGCGAAGAUGAGACCACGCCGGAGACUGCUGUUAUGCUGGACGACGAAAGCCUCAUCGCUGGCAAGAGCGGCGGACCCCAGCAAUCCGAUGACACUUGCCCCAGAAACGCUGCCUCUAGUCCUGCAAGAGGAGUCAAUUGGAAGUCGGUCUGCCUACCAGGCGUGUUCCGCGUGCCCUUGCAAGGCUCAAAUCAGGGUCGCGCUUAUAUUUUGUCGGGCACGAGUUACUACGCGAGCCUGGACAUGUACGACGUCGCGGUCUUUGCGCUUGCUACGGUCGGAGCGAAAGGGCGGUUACUAUGCGGUUGGGCCGAGCGGCCCUCUAAUGUGACGAAGCAAGAUGCUGUCCAAGUUGUCCACCAUAUCAUCGACACGAAUUGUCCUGAGUGGGAUCUGAGGAAUAGCUCCGAUGCCAUCGACUUCGCGAUGUUCCUCACGCUCCUUCGCACAAAGCACUUUCCAGAUAUCGUCCGACGGUUCGAAGAAAAACGGAGUCAGUUCGUCAAGGACUGGCGCAGAGGAAAGACGCAGCGGUUCCGGUGGGCGAUGGCUCACCAACACAAGUACUCCAAAGCGUUCAAGGACUCGAAGUCAAGGUUGGUCGCGGAGGAUAAGAUAUGGGCCAAGCAUCAGAAGCAGAUGGACGAACUACUGGAGAGGAAUGCGGAGAUGCUGGAGGCGAAACGCGAGGAAGAGGAGAAGCGCGAAGAGGAAGAGGUACAGCGCUGGAAGUCCACAGUGGGGAGACACCAGUGA